ACAGUACUACAACAGAUUCAUCGUUUACAGAAACAGUACAACUUGCAGUUAUUAUUCGAAGUAUCUACCACUGUCCGUAUUUUCAAUAAAUUGUAUUGUUAACGGUCUUAAUUAACUAGUAAAUUAAAUUAAGUGCGACUAAUACAAUGGGAAAAAAGAAAGGAAAGGGAAAAGCGAAGGAACCACAAAGUGGUCAGGGAAGUAAAGAAGCAACUACUCCAGCUGCUGGGGCACCACCCUCCCAGCAUCCUGGUUCCGGAGAAGCCGGACCCUCAAAAGGAGCUCAGGAAUUGAAAUCUCCACAUCAACAACCUGCUGCUUCAGGAGCAGGCGACUUUUAUCAGCCACAAGCUCAAGAGCAAAGACCUCAAGGUGGAAGGCAGUCACAGCAACAACCACCUCAACAACCUAGUGGCCCCAGAUCUGGCGGAAGAGGACGGCAGAAACAACAACCAUCUCAACAAGUUCCACCCCCAGGUUUUUCGAUACCACAACAACCUGCGGGCCCCAGUCCUGAUGGAAGAUAUCCACAACCAGUUCAACAAAGUCCACCUUCAGGUCCAAGGCAGCAACCCACCGGUCCCAGUGCCGGUGGCGUACCCCUAGCUCAACAAACUCGAGGCCCCACAUCCGCACAAGAGCUUCAGAGUCAAGGUCCAAAUCUACAAGGCGCUGGCAGGGGACGAAGAAAAUCCGGAACACCAGCUGCUCCUGGUAUUGGUCAAGGGGAUUUCCAUCAGCAGCAACCCCAAGUGGUGAAACUGCCGCCCCCGCAAAAACAAGCCGAACCAGCAGCAAAAGGGCACGAUCCGUCAAGGGUUGCACGGGAACGCAAGGAAAUUGUGCAAGACUUUACGCAAAUGCAACUUAAAUCACCAGAAAAAAAGCAGAUCAUACCUGGUAAAUUGGGACGAAAAAUCCAGCUGGAAUCCAAUCAUUUGACGCUUAAAAUCGGCGGCUUGUUGGAGGCGUACCACUACGACGUCGCCAUCAAACCGGACAUGCCGAAGAAGGUUUUGCCGACCGUGUUCGAAAUGUUCCGCAGGCAACACUUCCCCGACCGCCACCCCGCAUUCGACGGCCGGAAAAACAUGUAUACUCCGAAGAAGAUGCCGUGGCCAAGCAAAAGUGGUACAAUCGUUGUUCCCGUGGAUGAGGUCAACAAGACAUUUGAGGUCGAGAUCAAAUUUGCUAAUGCUGUUGAUUUGAGUCCGUUGCAUGACUUGAAAAGUCAAACAUUUUCACCCAUGGCUGCUUUGGCGGUUAUCGAUAUAGUUUUGAGGUCUGCUGCGUCUAAAAAUUGCUGUGCAGUUGGUAGAAGUUUUUUUACUAAGCCAGCAGGUCAAAUACUUGAUUUGGGCAACGGCUUAGAAAUGUACCAGGGAUUUUAUCAAUCAGCAAUUAGAGGUGGAAAACUCCUAUUAAACGUUGACGUCGCCCAUAAAGGUUUUCCAAAGGAACAACCUGUAAUGGACGCCAUUGUGGAAGUUUGUGGGAGUAGAUAUCAGCAAGUAGAUUUGACCAGAGAAUUAAGGAGGGACCAGUACGUAAUACUGGAAAAAUAUUUGCGAACUUUAAGGGUGGUAUACCAAAUACCAGGCCAACCGUCCACUAAAAGAGUUUAUGGCGUCAAUGGCUUGUCUGACCCGGCCUGUAGGAAUUCAUUCAAACACAAUGGCGUCUCCAUGACAAUCCAGAACUACUUCAAAACUGAAAGACGAUAUAUUCUCAAGUACCCCAACAUGCCAACACUGUGGGUUGGUUCGAAGCAACGGAAAGAAAGGAUAAUGGUCCCCGCGGAAUGUUGCACCAUCCUUGCGAAUCAAGCUGUGAACAGGAAAAUGAACGAGAACCAAACGAGUGCAAUGAUAAAAUACGCGGCAACCAACACGAGAGUGCGAAAAGAAAAGAUUAUGACUGGCGUUAAACUUGCCAACUACGACAGUGACCCGGUGGUCAAAGAAUUCGGUUUUUCCGUCGGCAGUAACUUCGAGCAGUUGGAGGGUCGCGUGCUUGAUUCACCGAGACUUGCAUACAAUGACAAUAAGGAAGUUCAAGUUGCUAAAGGUGUUUGGAGGGCUGAUAAUAUGAAAUUUUUUAUACCGGUUGCAAUCCAAAAGUGGACGAUUGCUUGGGCAGAUCGUUACCAACCAAGGGGAUUGGAAAAUUUAGAAAGACAGAUCAAGACGAUAGGGCAGAAGAAUGGAAUGCAUAUAGGAGAUGCUAUUAAACCUUUCGAAUUUGCGGGAACAUCACUAAAUGAGUUAACCAAUUACUUUGAGAAGAAAAAGGAUUUUAAUAUCAUUUUUGUAAUAGUACCUAAUCAAGGUCCGAUAUAUUCUGAUGUGAAAAAAGCUGCUGAACUAAAGGUGGGUUGUUUAACCCAGUGUAUCAAAGCAAAAACCGUAGACAAGCUAAACCCACAAACAGUGGCUAACAUUUUAUUAAAAGUUAAUAGUAAAUUAACAGGUGUGAAUCACUGUUUGGGAACAGUGUCCAGGCCGCCUAUUUUGAGCAGGCCUUGUAUGAUAAUGGGAGCAGAUGUAACUCAUCCUAGUCCUGACGCUCAAAAUACUCCAAGUGUAGCAGCAGUAGUUGCCUCUCAUGAUCCAAAAGCUUUUAGAUACAAUAUAUGUUGGAGACUUCAAAAUCCGAAGGAAGAAGUUAUUAUAGAUUUGAAAAAUAUCGCUAAAGAACAACUUCUGUACUUUUAUAAUCAAAAUAAAUGCCAGAAGCCUCACACUAUUGUAUUCUUCAGAGAUGGUGUCAGUGAAGGUCAAUUUGAUACAAUUCGAAAUGUCGAAAUUAGAGCUAUACAGAAUGCCUGUCGGGAGUUACAAGCAGAUUAUGAACCAAAAAUAACGUUCGUGGUUGUACAAAAACGUCAUCACACGAGGUUGUUCCCAAAGAACGAUAGGGAUUCCGACGACAGAAACAUUAAUGUGCCGGCUGGCACAUGUGUAGAUAACACAAUCACCAACCCGUGCAUGCAAGACUUUUAUCUUGUGUCCCACGCAAGUAUUCAAGGAGUUGCCAAACCGACCAAAUAUUGUACACUCUGGGACGACAAUAAUUUUUCGAACGACGAUUUGGAACAGUUGGCGUACUUCUUAUGCCACAUGUUCACGAGGUGUAACAGAUCUGUAAGUUACCCCGCUCCCACAUAUUAUGCACAUUUGGCCGCAGCCAGGACUAAGGUUUAUAUUGAAAACAACAAAUCCUUGAAUAUGAAUAAUUUAGGAGAUGAGCAAACGAAACACACUAUUAAAACUAGUAUUCGUAAAGACAAGCCAAUGUUUUUCGUUUGAUCUUUUUAUAGCUUUUAUUCGUUUUAAGGACAAUUUUAAUUUUUUUAAGUGAGCAGAAUUUCAUUUAUGUAUUAAAAAAUUAAAUUAAUUAAGAUUAAUAAAUUAUUUAUUUUAUCCUAUUCAUAUUAGUAUUACUUUUUAGUAUAAUUAUAAAAAUAAACUUAAUUAGGGUUAGAGAACAAUUAAUUUUAUCUUAUUCAUAUUAAUAUUUUUUAUAAAAUAAUAUAAUAAUAAUAAUAAUAAUGUAAUACAUUAUGUUAUUUAAAAUUAGUUUAUUUGUAUAAUAAAAUAAUUUGGUGAUAGAUAUAUUAGUAUUUGUAUCUGUAUUGGAACACUUAAAUAAAACUAAGAAAAUGUA